AUGGGAAUCAAAUUAUUGACUUCUACGCCUUAUUACGCACAGGCAAAUGGCCAAGUAGAAACGGCCAAUAAAGUGAUCAUUAGCUUAAUAAAGAAACAUGUAGGCAAGAAGCCAAGAAAUUUGCAUAAGACGUUAGAUCAAGCUUUGUGGGCAUGUCGAACGUCGCCAAAAGAAGCAACCGGAACAACUCCAUUUCGACUGGUAUAUGGGCACGAUGCAGUGUUACCAGUAGAGAUUCAGGUUCAUGCAGUUAGAAUCCAGAGGCAACAUGAAAUACCUUCUGAAGAUUAUUGGAGCAUGAUGGCAGACGAACUGGUUGAGUUAGAUGAGGAAACAAUGUUAGCCUUGGAUUCAUUACAAAGGCAGAAAGAAAAAGUCGCCAGAGCCUACAAUAAGAAGGUGAAGGGAAAAAUGUUUGUUGUCGACGAUUUAGUUUGGAGAGUGAUCUUGCCUAUGGAUAGAAAUGAUAGAGUUUUGGGUUGGAGAAGACUAUGUUUGAAACCAGCUAUAAAAGCACAGAAAGUUAAAUAUACACAGUGCUGGAAAAUAAAAUAUUGGCAUAAAAAUUGGCAAAAAGCCAUUGUUCAAAUAUUACAUAAAAAAUAA